UAAGGAAAUGAGCGUAGGCAGUACGUUGAUGCGUACUAUAUAAUAAAUUGUUUUCCUUCCAUUUGGACUGUCGAAGUCUGUAGCAUCGAUUAACUAUUAUUUUAGAGGAGUGAGUAGAGACAACAGCCGAAAAUGUAUAUUUGUAAAUUCAUCUGUAUUUUUGUGAUAUUAGCGGUAGGGAUUCAAGCAAAGAAUAAAAAAAAGAAUUAUCCUCCACAUUGUACUCGGGUUACAAAAGAUACGGAUUAUGCAUCGCGCUUUAAAAUGGAUUAUCCUGUUGUAUAUAUUGUUCCUGGACAACAGGAAGCUUAUCAAAAGCUAUACUGCAUAAAUCCACCAGCGAUUAAUAAGGCUGUGACCGUGGUGUGUGACUGGGCGGCCCCACCGCUUGUACAGUUCACCCUUGGAGACGAGUACAUGCACGUAGUACGACAGGACCCUAGCCACAGGUACCUGGGGAACGCUGUGAUCACCACCUAUCAGCUCUGCAACCACACGACUGUCCUUGAUAAGGAUAACAGUAACGUUACUAUUACGGAAAUGUAUGUUGAUAGCAAUGACAUUGUAUAAUAAAAAUUUAAAUUUUGUA